CAUCAAACGUCUCCUACACCAAAACACCCUUCAAAAGCAAAAAUCCCACUAUCCUCUCUCUCUCUCCCUCUCUCCACUAUCACUAUAAGUUCUUGUCUCCAAUCCAACCAACUCACUCCUCUUCUCACUAAAAAAAAAAAAAAAAAAAAAAAUGCACCAACAUAAGCAUAUCAAUCUUCUCUUCCCCUUCUUCUUCUUCUUGUACCUACUCUCAUCUGUGAAUGUGGGUGUUACCGGAGCGGGAGAGAAAUCCUGCGAAUCGCCGGCCGGAGUGAACCCAUUCACACCCAAAGCAUUUCUGAUUCGUUAUUGGACCAAACAGGUAACUAAUGACUUGCCCAAAUCCUCAUUUCUUCUCAACAAAGCCUCCCCAUUAAGCGCCGUGGAAUUGGCGACUUUUUCCAAACUCGCCGAUCAGAACGCCCUCUCCACCCAACUACCCUCCUUCUGUUCCUCGGCGAACUUGCUCUGCUUCCCCGAUUUAUCGCCGAGUCUGAAAAAACACGACCACAACGUCAACUUUGCCUCGUACCUAAACAGGAACUUUACCAAUUACGGAACAAGUCAACUCGGCGAUUUCGACUCGUUCAAGAACUACUCCGACGGCGACAACCUCCCGGUCGACUCGUUCCAGCGGUACAGCCGCGACUCGGUGGGUCACGGCGACAAAUUUGCCAAUUAUGCCGCUGACGCCAACGUCGCCGACCAGAGCUUCUCCACCUACGGCAGCACCGCCACCGGCGGCGCCGGCGAGUUCAAGAAUUACCAUCACGGGGUGAACAAUCCCAACCUCCAGUUCAAGACCUACUCCACCGACACCAACGGUCGGCAACAGUCUUUCAAUUCUUACAGCGAUGAUGCGAAUGCAGGGGACCAGGGGUUCACGAACUAUGGAAGGAAUGGAAAUGGCGCGGCCGACGGUUUCAAUAGCUAUGGGAAGGACUCGAAUGUGGUGGGUUCCACCUUCAAUGGAUACGGCCAGAAUGCUAAUGGCGCGAAUGAGACGUUCGCGUCUUAUGGAGAGGACGGCAAUGUGCCACAAAACAACUUCAAUAGCUAUGGCAAUGGAGGUAAUGCAGAGGUUGAUAUAUUCAAGAAUUACAGAGAUCAAUCCAAUGUUGGGGACGACUCGUUCCAAUCGUACGCCAAGAAUUCAAAUGCUGCGGAGGUCAAAUUCGUCAAUUACGGAAAAUCCUUCAACGAAGGUACAGACAAGUUCACCGGGUAUGGUAGUAAGGGUUCGAAUCAGGAAAUCGGGUUCAAACAGUACGGUGUAAACAACACUUUCAAAGACUACACCAAAAAGGGUGUCACUUUUGCUCAAUACACCAAAAAGACUGCAAAUCUGGCUUCUUUAAUGGCUGCCAGUGGCAAAUCCGUAAAUAGAUGGGUCGAGCCGGGCAAAUUCUUUAGGGAGAGGAUGCUGAAGACUGGGACUGUGAUGCCGAUGCCGGAUAUUCGUGAUAAAAUGCCCAAAAGGUCGUUUUUGCCGCGAGUGAUUUCAUCGAAAUUACCGUUUUCGACAUUGAGGCUGAAUGAGAUGAAACAGAUUUUUCACGCGCGUGAGAACUCGAGCAUGGAGGGUAUACUCGCGGACGGACUAAGCGAGUGCGAGAGAGUGCCGAGCCCGGGGGAGACCAAGCGGUGUGUCGGGUCGGGUGAGGACUUGAUUGAUUUUGCCGUUUCGGUGUUGGGUCGGGCCGUGGUGGUUCGGACCACAGAGAACACUCACGGGUCAAAGGAAAAUGUGAUGAUCGGGUCGGUUAAAGGAAUCAACAGUGGAAGGAUCACCAAGUCGGUUUCUUGUCACCAAAGUUUGUUCCCAUACCUACUCUAUUAUUGCCAUUCGGUUCCCAAGGUUCGGGUUUACGAAGCGGAUCUAUUGGAUCCGAAAACUAAGGCCAAGAUCAAUCAUGGAGUUGCCAUAUGUCACAUUGACACGUCCUCUUGGAGCGCAGGUCAUGGAGCCUUUAUUGCAUUGGGUUCGGGUCCGGGUAAGAUUGAGGUGUGCCAUUGGAUCUUUGAGAAUGACAUGACUUGGACAAUUGCGGAUUGAAUGUAGGGCCAUAAAGUUGGAUUCGAACCGUGCGCGUUACAAUACUAAGCCAUGGGUUCGACCCAAACUUAGGAGUCUUUUAAGUUGCCUUUUCCUAAUAACAUUCAAGUUUGUUAAAGUGAAAAUGGUGUAAAGUUAUUAUCUUUUUUCUUUUCCCUUUUUCAGAAUCUCAAGUAUGUUUGGUUUUGCUUUCGUAA